CUUAGAAGACCGAGAUCUUCCUACGAAACAGAGUGCCCUAGUGAGUGUAGAAAUAUUUGAAGGAUAAAUACACUGGAUCGAAUAUUCCUCCUUCGACUUUAUAUAUUUCUCCAAAGGGAUCUAAUCAAACAAAAUCGAACACAAAUUCCAAUCGAGCACAUAACGUUUAGGCAAAUUCGAUUAUCCUACGGAUUAAUCAUAAACUAAAUACGGUUGUUGUUGGAUUAAUAUAAUCAGCUGCUAAAUAGGCCAUUUUCGAGUUACCUUGGGCCUCUGUUUCAAAACGAGUCUUCGCGCAAACCUUUCAUAUGGAAAAGAGUUCGAUUACAUGAAAAUGAACCUGUAGGCGAAACGCAUUUGCAUGUGAAUUGGUUUCGCAUGAAGGUUCAUUUUGACAAAGAGGCAAAAGGCAACGCGGAAAUGGCCUAUUGAACCGGGACGGGAAAUUAUUUACGCUUUAAUUUAUAAGGGUACAUUAAACGUAGGAAAUCAAAAGGAGAGAUAACUACAAAACUGAAAGUUAAUAAAAACUACUUUCCUCCUAGUUUCUUGCUGUUCACUCUACACGUGUAUUUUCCUGAACAUAGAAUCCAGCGACCGAAAUCUUGUGUAGACUGGCGGUCACUCACGGGUAAAGUCGAAAUGUUUAUAUUUCCCUUCAGAAAACCAGUACAGACAGUUUAUUUCGAAUUGACAAGCCAAGAGUUAACAACGUAACCUUAAACAUUCUUUCACCGGGCAGUUCAACAGUUAUGCAUCCUUCUCUUUUCUUUCACUUUGGUCAAUAAUUUUUCUCGAACCUUCUGAGGCAGCUGUUACCCGCUGCUUGUGUGACGUCAUUCAAACUGUGAAGAAGUAAGCAGGGACACGAGGAUGUGAAAGGGAAAAAGUUCAACAUGGCUGAAGCCGCCGUCUACCGUGACGCUGUUGUGUUCGAUUGUCAAGUUAAAGCUCAUAAAAUAUUUUUUGAGGAUAAACUUCCUAAUGGUUCUAAGCCCUUACUAAAGGAAGACUGGCCAUCCAGUAUGCCGAAAAAAUGGAAAGGAACAGUCUAUGAUAUAACGGGCUUUUAUGGUCAACAAGUUGUCGCACUGCUCUCUUUAAUUGUGAACGACGAAGAUCAAUUCAAGAAGGGUAAAACCUUUUACUUGCUGAUUCGCAACAGCUCAGAGGACAACAAUGAGGUCGAAUACGAACCACUCUACAGACUCACAGCCAGUCCUACAAAGCACCAACCUGGCAAUGGCAUUGUGGUUCUUCGUCCUAAAAGCAAGGUCAAGUUUACCGAACCAGCGAAAAAAUACGACGCGCUGAAUGGUGCCUUAAAAGCACACUACGAGACCAACACAACAUCCUUCGCAAAGGAUAUUAAGAAACUCUUUAAGGGCAACACACAGAAUAAAGAUAUUCCCGAAGCCACCAUUGAAGCCUACAUGAUUUUGUUGUUUGAGAUCGCCCGACGUUUGGUGAGGUUAAAGGACCCAAGCAAAGAAAAGAACGCGUUCGACGUUCUUCCGAUCGGAAGUGCAAUUGCACGGCUGAUAAACUUACUAGAGCUUGGCAUUUCUAGUUUUGAAGACGUGUUUUUCCCGAACAAAAGAUUUCACUGCUUCACAGGAAAACCGGAAGUUAGGAGAAAAGCGAUUGAAGAAAUCAACGAGGCCACCAUGAAUAUCAAACACCCGAAGGCAACACGAGACACCGUUGGUCUCCCCAAGGAAGAAGCAGAAGAAAGAGAAACAAAUCGCCAACUUCAAGAACUUCAAAAAUUGUUUUGCCCCGAUAAGCGUUCUUCCGUAGAAGAACUAGCACAAACAUUCAAGGAUUUGACUACGCGUCUUGCUCAAGAGAAGUCUGGGCAGUCUUCACGGUUGCUGUCUACUUCAGACGCAGAAAGUACUACAGCGUUUGAUCAUUUGGAGUGAGGUUAGUCCUCGGCCAAAUCUCACGAUUCUAUGCUUGAACUUUCGCUUACUUGAGGACUGGUCAUACAAACUUUUUAAUGCUUUUCCGGUUUCGUUUUACUGAUAUUAAGACACCAGUCUUUACUUAGACUUUAUGCGUGUGGGUAAUAUUCAACUGCUUCUAUCUCUCGGCUAUUACUUAGUUUAAAUAACAAAGAACUUAACUUCAAGAUUGCCAAACCUAAAUACAAAGUAAAGUAUCAUGGAAAUAAAACUUGUAAUAUAUAUAUAUAUAUAAAAUGUAAAAUUUGAUUUUCGUAGAACAGUGCUCAAUACAUCAGAGUAGAGCGAAGUAUACAAUGUGGGAGGAAAAACACAAAUAAACUACAAGUU